AUGGAGGAGCCGCCGCCCGAGCAGCCCCCUGCCGAGCAGCCCCCGCCGGACCCGGCGGAGGGGGAGUCCUCGGCGGAGGCCGGCCCCGAGUGGAACAUCCCGCCCAACGCGCCCGCCUGCAUGGAGCGGCAGCUGGAGCGCGCACACUACCGCGCAGACGGGGCCUUGCUGCUGGGCGCCUCGGCGCUGAGCGGGCGCUGCUGGACCGGCUCCCUCUGGGUAUUCGCUGACCCCCGCCGUGCACCCAGCGAGGGCUUCUGCAUCGCCGGCGUCCAGACCGAGGCGGGUGUCGCCGACCUAUGCUGGGUGGCUGACAGGGGCAUCCUGGUGGCCUCUGACACUGGUGCCGUGGAGCUGUGGGAGCUGGACGAGAAGGAAACCCUGAUCGUGAACAAGUUCUGUAAAUACGAGCACGACGACAUCACGAUGGCCGUGGCCGUCCUGGCGGGCAGCACCCAGGCUAUCAGCGGUGGCAGGGACUUCUAUGUGAAGGUCUGGGACCUGCCACAGGAAACGGUGGUGCACUCCUACAGAGCCCAUGCUGGUGGAGUGACAUGUGUGGCUUCCUGUCCUGGUAAGGAGACCAUGUUCCUGUCCUGUGCUGAGGACAGCAGAAUUUUACUCUGGGACACCAGAUGCCCCAAACCAGCUACUCGAAUUGUUUGCAGUGCCUGUAAUUACCUCCCUACCUCAGUCAUGUGGCAUCCACAGAAAAGUGACAUCUUUGCUUUGGGUGAUGAAAGCGGAACGGUUGCGCUGGUGGACACGAAGAAUCCUAAUGCUGCCCUCAGCUCCUCUGUGCACAUCAGAAGUGUCACAGGGUUUGCAUUUUCUGCACAUAGCUCACCCUUGCUGGCUUCAAUCAGUGAAGACUGUUCAGUAGCUGUUCUCGACUCAAACCUCACAGAGGUGUUCCGGAGCCGUUCUCACCGAGACUUUGUCAAAGGCUUGUCCUGGUCCCCUUCAGAUGAUGCCUUGCUCACCACAGUUGGAUGGGAUCAUCAGGUUUUACAUCACACUAUUCCCAUACCAACAGGUGAAGCUUCUGGAGUCAACUGUGCAAAAGAGUAGUUUUUAUAAACUUGUGGUCCAGAUUCCUUCCUGGCAUAACUUUGAUUCUGCUGAAGUCAGAGGUGUGGGAA